UGGCCCCGCCUCCUCUGUAGUUUCCUCCUCCAGGACAGAGCAGCCCAGCCGCAGUGUGUCCUGUUUGUGUCAACUUGACGAGUCGAGAUGGCAAAUGUGUUGAGAAAUUCCGCCAAAUUCGGGUUUUCAGGUGUGUUGUCCCAGUUGUCCAUCCACAGUAGACAUGGGAGAGAGUGUGUGUCGCCGUGCUUCUCUCUGCAGCAGAGAAACAGCUCUACCUCACCUAAGAUCAAGGUGGACCUGGACAACAGUACAGGUGUAGCUGUGUUGAGGAUGCAGAGCCCCCCUGUCAACAGUCUGAGUCUGGACUUCCUCACUGAGUUCUGUAUCAAUCUGGAGAAACUAGAGAUGGAUAAGAGUUGUAGAGGUCUGAUCAUCACCUCGACCCUCUCCAAGGUGUUCUCUGCGGGGCUAGACAUCAUGGAGAUGUAUGGGAAAAGUCCGGAGCGCUGUGGAGAGUUCUGGAAGGCUGUUCAGGAGAUGUGGCUCAAACUCUACGGAUCCAACAUGGCCACCAUAGCUGCCAUCAACGGUUCUAGUCCAGCAGGUGGCUGUCUCAUGUCUAUUGGAUGUGACUACAGGAUCAUGGCUGAUAAUCCUCGCUACAGCAUCGGACUCAACGAGACUCAGCUCGGCAUCGUAGCCCCCUUCUGGUUUAAAGACACGCUGGUGAACACGGUUGGUAACCGGGCAGCAGAGCUGUCGUUGGAGCUGGGUCUGUUGUACAGUGCUCCUGAUGCCCUGAAGAUCGGCCUGGUGGACCAGUUAGUACCUGAGGACCAGGUCCUCUCCACUGCACAGGACACCAUGUCCAAGUGGCUGGCUGUACCAGACCAUGCCCGACAGAUCACCAAGUCCAUGAUGAGGAAACAGACCAUUGACAAGCUGCUGUCCAACAGGGAAGCUGACAUCACCAACUUUGUGAGCUUCAUCACUAAAGACUCCAUCCAGAGGUCCCUGCGCAUGUACCUGGAGAUGCUCAAGAGUAGAAAGGCCUAGUCUGGGGCCCGAACGGCUCCCCCAUUCCCUGUAUAGUGCCCUUACCCCUAUAGGCCCUGGUCUAAAGUAGUGCCCUCAGUCCUAUAGGUCCUGGUCAAAAGUAGUUCCCUCAGUCCUAUAGGCCCUGGUCUAAAGUAGUGCCCUCAGUCCUAUAGGCCCUGGUCUAAAGUAGUGCCCUUAGUCCUAUAGGCCCUGGUCUAAAGUAGUGCCCUUAGCCCUAUAGACCCUGGUCUAAAGUAGUGCCCUUAGUCCUAUAGGCCCUGGUCUAAAGUAGUGCCCUUAGUCCUAUAGACCCUGAUCUAAAGUAGUGCCCUUAGUCCUAUAGGCCCUGGUCUAAAGUAGUGCCCUCAGUCCUAAAGACCCUGGUCUAAAGUAGUGCCCUUAGUCCUAUAGACCCUGAUCUAAAGUAGUGCCCUUAGCCCUAUAGACCCUGGUCUAAAGUAGUGCCCUUAGCCCUAUAGACCCUGGUCUAAAGUAGUGCCCUUAGCCCUAUAGACCCUGGUCUAAAGUAGUGCCCAUAGUCCUAUAGGCCAUGGUCUAAAGUAGUGCCCGUAGCCCUAUAGACCCUGGUCUAAAGUAGUGCCCUUAGUCCUAUAGGCCCUGGUCUAAAGUAGUGCCCUCAGUCCUAUAGGUCCUGGUCUAAAGUAGUGCCCUUAGCCCUAUAGACCCUGGUCUGAACACACCCCCUGCCAUAAUGUUUGACUGUUUGGACUGAAACACAGAGCACUGUUAUGAUGUAGGUGAUUGUACAGGAAGUCAUCUUGCCUUUGUCUGUGAAAAUAAUGUUUUUUUCCUGUACUGUUGGUUUGCAAGUAAACAUCUGUAAAAUACCUUCUGUGGAAUGUGUGUUGAGUUUCAUGUUCUACGAUGUCACGAGUUCAGGCCAGGGUUUACUAAAUUCUGUCCUGCCCCAACGGGUGUGUGUUGAGUUUCAUGUUCUACGAUGUCACGAGUUCAGGCCAGGGUUUACUAAAUUCUGUCCUGCCCCAA